AAAAACAAAAAUGAGCCCUCCACCAACCUUCUGACAAACAUCUUUUAAGUUUUCAAGUAUAGAGAGAAAAUAUUUUCAUGGAGAACAACCCUAAUUCAUCUAGAACUGAUAGAAAAACUAUUGAGAGAAACAGGAGAAAUCGAAUGAAAGCCCUCUAUGCAAAGCUCAAUUCUCUUGUACCUCAUCAAACCCCUACGUUUCAGGAAGCGACAUCAUCACUUCCUGAUCAGUUAGAUAAAGCGGCGAACUACAUAAAAAGGCUGCAGAUGAACUUGGAGAAAAUGAAAGAUUGGAAAGACAGCUUAAUGGGAAUUGAGAAUCGGCCUUGUAGCAGAACAAGCAUGAGUAGUGGAAGAACAAUGGAGGGAUUUAGAUCACCACAAAUUGAGGUUCACGAAAUGGGUUCAGCCAUGGAGGUAGUUUUGACAACUGGAUUGGAUUUUCAGUUCAUGUUCAAUGAAAUGAUUCGUUUGAUUCAUGAAGAAGGGGCUGAAAUAGUUAGUGCUAGCUUCUCCGUUGUUCAUGAUUCUGUCUUCCACACCAUACAUUCAAAGGUUGGAGAUUCUGAUCAAGUGGGAAAUGAAACAGCUAGAAUAUCUGAGAAACUAAAGAAGUUCGUCCACGAUGCUACUGCGUUUUGAAGUAUAAAAAUGUUGAAUCUACUAAACCAACAAAGUGAAGACAGCACUAUCAGGCUCUGCAUUGCAUGAAUUCAAGAGAAGCUGAGUUGGCUGCUGACUAGGACCAAGUGGCAGAUAACUAGAUGAGGUGGGUUGCUGAGCCAAAAAGUGAGGAGUGCAAUAUGAUCUGGGGCAGUUUGUUAUAAAUGCUGGAGUUAAUUUUCUGGAUGAACUGUGUACUGUCAUUUUGUAAUCUCUAAGCCGAACGUUAAAAGAAAUCAGUUUUUCUAGAAUUCAUGAAGGAAGUGUUCUUCUA